ACCCUGGGAGGGCUGAGAAGCCAUCAUGAUCUCUAAGCUGCUUUCCCUCCUCUGUUUCAGACUGUGCAUGGGCCAAGGAGACACAAGGGGAGAUGGGUCACUGCCCAAGCCGUCCCUCAGUGCCUGGCCCAGCUCGGUGGUCCCUGCCGACAGCAAUGUGACACUGCGAUGCUGGACGCCUACCAGAGGCGUGAGCUUUGUUCUCAGGAAGGGAGGAAUUAUUCUGGAGUCUCCGAAGCCCCUUGAUUCGACAGAGGGCCCGGCCGAAUUUCACCUCAAUAAUCUAAAAAUCAGAAAUGCUGGAGAGUACACCUGUGAAUACUACAGAAAAGCGUCCCCCCAUAUCCCUUCACAGCGCAGUGACGUCCUUCUGCUGUUGGUGACAGGACAUUUAUCUAAACCUUUCAUCCAAACCCACCAAAGGGGUACGGUGACCGCAGGUGGAAGGGUGACUCUGCAGUGCCGGCAGCCAGACCAACUGUUUCUGCCUAUCAUGUUUGCUCUACUGAAGGCAGGGACGUCGUCUGCCAUCCAGCUGCGGAGUCCAGUGGGGAAGGAGACGGACUUCACCCUGGAGGAUGUGACAGCCGGCAACGCUGGGAACUACAGCUGUGUGUACUACCAGACAAAGUCUCCCUUCUGGGCCUCAGAACGCAGUGAUUGGCUUGAGAUAUUGGUGACAGUUCCCCCAGGUACCACGUCAAGCAACUACACCCUGGGUAACUUCAUACGACUGGGUCUGGCUGCCAUGAUUUUGGUUAUCAUGGGAGCUUUCCUGGUGGAGGCCUGGCACAGCCGAAAGGUGUCUCCGGGUGGACUGUCAGAGGCCUUCAAACCAGAGUGACUCCAUCUUGAACCGGGGCUGGGUAAACUGAGGCUGCAACCUGCUGGACUGCAUUC